CGAUCGUCACUCUUUCCGUCUCGACCAUCCCUCUGCACAGGGAAUGUUCAAUCAAUGCGAUUUUCCCAUAUCCUUACCGUUGCUGCCCUCACAAUCUUGUUUCUCGUAAAGAUGCCAUACAACUGUCACUCAUGUGGCAAGAUUCUCAACAAUAAUCGAUGUGCUAUCAACGGCCACAAGGCACAAUGCCCCAAGAGAGCUUCUAGAGCUCGAAUGCUUGCUGAUGGCGCCAUGGGACUCAAGAAAUCGAGUAGAGGAGGUGGAAAAUGAUUUGAGGGACUGGGAAAUCUGAGACCGCCUGUUCUACGGGAUGCUCCUACACCUGGCUCAUCGAAGAGCAAUUCUCAUUUCUCAAUGGUAGCAGAAGAUUAUAGACCUCCAACUCCUACCACCAAUCUAUCCGAUACUAUGAUGGACCUCAACGAUUUUCAAACUGGCGCAGAAUCGGACAUUAUUAUUGACAAUCCUAAACCAGAACCAGUCGUCGAAGGUCGAGGUCAUCGGAGAAAGCUCAUACGGAAGCAUCUGCAUGAUUAUCUCCCUUCCUCCAACCUAGAAACCACACGAAUGAGCCAAUAUGCUGAGAUCAAAUCUCCACCAUCUCGCCACUGGCAACCUCCAAAGGUAGAAGAGGAACAGCCUUCCGAAUCCGAUUCAGAACUCGAGCUGGACAACAAACCAGCAUUUACUACGACAGAUCCCAACAUAUUUGGACUUUUCCGUCAGUAUAAGACGUUGCCAUCCUGGGGUCCCGAGAAAACGAAGACCCUGAUUGACGUUUGCGAUGCACCAACAUUUGCCACUGCUACGACCGGAUCCACACCUGCACUGAGCAUUUACGGUCCACAUACUGCGAGCGCUAUGCCAACUUCCAUCCCAUCCAUGGCACCAUCCUCUUCCGACUCCGAUUCUCAAUGGUUCGCACUGUUUCUGAACGCAACAGUUUGUCGUCUCAUGAUAUGGUUUUAUUCGAGUACGACGAAGACAUUAUCCGAUCUUAAUCGUCUCGUCCAUGAUGGUUUCCGCUGA